GUGUUAUGGAGUGAGAAGUAGGGCUUCGAGAACGAUAAACUGGAGGGAAUGUUAGAAUCAGUCGAGUUGUUAUCAAAUAAGAGUCAGAUUUCGCAUGAAGUGGCAAAGUGUGAUCAAGUUACAACAAAAGUAUCGUGACUUAUUUAACGUGCGCGACUAUUAACAAAGAAGAUUUUUAAUUAUUGUAUUUACAACUUAUACAUACAUUCUUUUCUUCGAACACACUAAAGAGUGGUGAUGGACAGAGACGAAGUAAUAAAAAAUUUACGAGCAUGUCUCAUUUCUUCAAAGGGCGGUGUCAAGAUAGACCACUUAAGUAGAGAUUAUAAAUUGCUUAUCGAUGAAAAUAUACCGUUUCGAAAGUUUGGACAUCAAAGUCUGGUUGCUUUUUUGCACACUGUUCCCGGUAUUAAAAUUACCAAUAAAGGAGCAGAUUGUUACGUAGAAGCUAUAGCCACAGAAGAAUCCGCACAUAUUUCUAAAUUAAUUGCACGACAAAAAACAGGUUCUAAGAAAUCGAAAAAAUUGGUUAAUGCUCGAAGGCCAACUCCAUAUCGCCAACCUAUGGCGGUUAGAAGAAAUCCUCCACGCAAUGCAAGAAGUGGUAACGACAAUUCGUGUUCGCAAGUAAUUGGAAGACAAAAUUCAUCGGUCCCCUCGAUGGGAACAAAAAUUACUAUUUAUCAGAACAGCGAUAAACCAAGAUUUAUACAAUCUGAUUUUGGAGUACCGCCAAGCUCCCCAAGUAAAAGACUGAACGAUAGACAAAGAACUUCCGUUUUACCACCGAACCAAAGUUUUAAUAAGCCUAGAGAUGAUUCUUACGUAAAGAACAAUGGAAAGGCGGUGAUGCCUGUGAUAAGUCAUAAACCAAAGACUGUUAACAACAAUAUGGAAAUUCUUCCUAAAGGAAAAUCUUCAAAUAUUAGCGAAAGACUCAAAGUUAAUUCUAACAUACCUCCAUUGCUUAAUUUACCCUCCAGUAUUUCGCCACCUUCGCAACAUGUAAAAGUGUUAUCACCCCUUUCGCCCGGACAAGUUUUAGCAGAUGAUAAUCAAUUACAUUUUCAACAGCCUCCAAGGAAUCAUUUGAUUCCAUUAAAUAAUGCCAGCAAGAUUGUGCCAAAAUUACCAUCUCUUGAUCCAAGGGAGGAGUUGAGAAGGAAAUCUAGUAUAUUAAAUCUUCCAACACCAGUGUAUCAAAUUUGUCCUACAACGAUAAUAAAUAUGAAAGAGCCAGUUGUGUUCGCACAAGUUAAGAUUGGUCCACAUGGAUAUUCAAGCUAUCCGAAAGAAGCACGUUCUGAAGAUGAAGCGCAGAAACUUGCAGCAACAUUUGCCUUGCUUGAUCUUACUGAAAAAUAUGGAUCAUUCUUUAAACUUAACGAAACUAAAAACAGAGAUGUAAUUAAAUCUCGAAUAUUGUUUAUAGUAGACGCUCAUCCUAACGGUAUCUUCAUGCAUCAGGUACCUAUAUAUUAUAAACAGCAAUACAAAGAAAUUUUACCAGGAGAUUGGGAAAAAAUUGUCGAAGAGUAUCCAGCAAUAGUUUUAGAAAAAGGUGCUGAUAAUUCAGUAAUUCUGCGUCGAUAUGUAUCAUCCCCAGAGAAGAUACGAAAUAUCAGUCCGUUAAAAACAGAUAAAAUACAAUUGCAUCCAAUUGGCCCAUCUGUACCUGGACAAUUGCAAUUACCAGAGGAAGAUUUCUUGCUUGUGUCUGUUACAUGUGUUAUAAGCACUGUCGAAGUGUGGGGAAGACUUGUAGGAGAUUCGUACAGCGAUCAAUUUGACGCAAUGACAACUGAAAUGGCUCAACACUAUAAUGGAAUACACAAGUCUGUUAAACCAAUCGAAAUUGGCAGUUACUAUGCUGUUUCUGAGGACGACUCGUGGCACAGAGUUCGCUGUCUGGAGUAUGAUUCUGUGACCGGACUUGCUACAGUUUUGUUCAUCGACCAUGGCGAUGAAGAUAGUAUCCAUUACAGUAAAUUACACGUAUUAGACAGAAAGUUCUGUGUGCUUCCUGCUCAGGCAUUAAGAUUGUGUCUAUCCGGAUUGGAAGAGUUCAGCGAAUGCGACAGCAUUCUGAGCCAAAUUGAAAAGGUUCUACUCGAUCGUGCAUUAUUCGUUGAAAUAAUCAAUCGCGAUAAAGAUGAGAGUGGACCAUUUUUGACAGUUACAUUUUAUGAUACUCACGGACCAGAAGAUAUUAAUGUAAAUUUAGAAUUGUCUAAACAAAUUUUGCAUACGGUGACUGCCCCUAAGUUGGACGGUGAGGAGCAACAUGUAUAUGAAGUAUUUAUUUCUCACGUAAAUCAAAAUGGUGAUAUUUUUGUGCAAGUACAAUCCAGGAGUAUGAAGAUCUUAGUCUGUCUAUUGAAUAGACUAAUAUGUACUGGAUUAAACGCGGAGGAGCUGGAAAAUUGUACCGUGACUACAAUUGACUUUAAUAAAACGUACUUUGUGUCGGUAAAUAAUAACUGGUACAGAGGAAAAAUAAUUAGCAACUCUUUCAAUCAGUUAAAGGCAUUUUUAAUUGAUUUUGGUAAGACUGUUAUCACGGCGACGAGUAAUCUUCUUUCUUUGGAAAGGUUAUCCGAAGUAUUGGCAAAAUAUCCAGCUCAGGCAUUAAAGGUACUUCUUCAUAACAUUGAUAAAUCAAUGUUCAAUGAAAAGAUGGUUACCAAACUUGCAGAAAUCGCUCCGAAGGGUGAGCCACUUCUUAUGAAACUUGUAUCCUCUAAAAAUGGUUUACAGGUCGUUGAAUUGUUUAAGCGAAUUCAACCAAGUAAUAUGCUCGUUUCUAUCAAUAAUACUUUGGCUCUUGAAGACGAACUUAUGAAAUCGCAGGGUGAUGGAAAUAAUAAUAUAAAACCAAGGAAACGCAUAGAACGCGUGAAUUUUAAAUUCACAGGAAUUGAAGCAGGCGAAGUUGUAAAAUCUUUAAAACCACCGAAAAUCUCGGGUAUCGGCGAAUAUUUUGACGUGCAUGUGACAAUGGCGGCGCAUCCCGGAAACUUUACCGUUCAACCAUUCGACGAUAAGCGCUCUUUAGAGGUAAUGAUGAUUCAGUUGCAAGAGGCUUGCCAAUCGUAUAAAGGUGUUACUCCAACUUUAGAAUCAGUAAGAGAAGGAACGCUUUACGCGGCUAAACACAUUGAUGGUCAUUGGUACAGGGUGUGCAUUUCAAGCAUAAUCAAAGAAGACACGGUCAGCGUUUACUUUUGCGAUUUUGGAGACGUGUCGGUACUACCGUUAAGUAAAUUACAACCUUUGAAAAGUCAGUUCCUAGAACUACCGUAUCAAGCUAUUAAAGCAAGGCUAGCUGGCAUUCAACCAACUCACGUUGACUGGUCCGUCGAAGAUAGUUUAAGGUUUCAAGAAUUGGUCGUGGAGAAAAAUUUUGUAUCGAUAGUCGUUGAAUCAAAUUCUGACGGACUUUCUCCCGCUGAUACUAUAUUGGGCUUAAAGUUGAUAGAUGUAAAUACAACCGAAGACAUUUAUAUCGAUCGACUUUUAGUGGAAGAAGGUCGAGCUACAUUCGUUGACUAAAUUAUCCGCAUAUACAUACUAAUGCAUAUUUG